GUGUUCACCGUGACAUACCCAACUGACUCAGCUAUUAGCAGGCGUAUCAUCAAGUCGACGACAUAUGUCAUUUCCAAAAGGUUCACGUUUUGCGCCAGAGAAAAUUUCCGACGUUCCGGGGCCAAACACCAUCCCAGAAGAUCCCUACAAACGAGGUGCAUUUCUGGAGAAAACUGAUCGUUUCUCAAAGGAAAAGGUGUCCGAUGUCCCAGGACCAGGGACGUACAAUUCUGCGCCGAAAGCUGCACUCAAAUUAUCCGCCGCUAAACAUGCAAGCGACGAUCGGUAUGCGAUAUUAUUGAAGAAAAUAGAAGAGUUGGAAAAAGUACACGCUGAUGGUAAGAAAACGCACCAAACCGAAAUUGAGCGCUAUAAAUUUGAAGUCGCCCGUCUUUCAAAGACUCACUUGGAGCAAGGGGAGAGAUUGGACAAACUCAAGAAACAUAACGAGCUGCUUGAAUCACGAAUACAGGAGUACAAGAAGAGCAAUAUCACCGACCAAAGCGAGCUGAAGGAGCUACGUGUCAAACUUCGCAUGUCAGAACAUGAGCGCACACAGCUCGCCAGUAAACAGGGGGAGAGCAGCGAGGCGAAGAAAGCACUACAGAGUCUCGAGGCAAGGAGGAAAGACGAAGUACGGGAACGUGACAGAAAGAUCGCAGAAUUAGAAAAGGCUGUAUCUGCAGAGAAGAAGAAGAAGGAAUCGUUGGAAAGCUGCGUCAGCGAGGUGAAAGGAAAGGCGGAUGAUGAAGCUCGGAAAUCACGCGACAUGAUGAAGAUCAUCCAAGAAAAGCUUGACGCGGCUAACAAGGACUCCCAAGAUGCAUGCCGAGAGCUCACAUCUCUGCGAGGGCAAGCCGAGAACCAAGAUAUCGAUUUUGCAGCCCGACUGGACCAAUACCGUUCCGUCCUUUCUCGCGUCGCGGAGGAGUAUGGCCGCUUGGCUACGACAACCGUUGCUGCAUCUAACCACGCCACACUCGUGAAGGACCAUACUUCAAUUCAAUUACGUUCAUUCCGAUUGGAACGAAAGCUGGCAAACUCGGAAGGCCAAGUCGUUGAACUCGCAAACCUUAUCCGCCACACCCAGGAAGAAAAUGCGCUCUUGCGUCAAGAAUUGCACGACAUUCAUGAAGAGGCAACUUUCCAUUCACAAACCUUGCAGGAGUACCGAGCUGCCCUCGAAGGCUGCUCCCAUUGCACUGAGCUUCAUGAAUUCCAUUGUCUGGAGGGAGACAUCCACCAGAGCGAAAGAGAUACAUCUAGAGAAACCACCGCGGUCCAGGAAAGUGCUCUGGCGUGCACUGGGACUAUAUCCGACUUCUAUCACUCCUACAAUGACGAGCUACUUUCAGAGUGUUCUCUUCUUGAAGGAAUUCUCGCGAAGCAGCACAAAAUUGACCGUGUACUCAUCGAUCAACUUGCUCGUAACUCGGCCGAACGGGAUGUUCUACAGGUCGAGCUCACGAAAGCACAGGUUGAGAUCACUACUGGACAGCACGCGCUGGCUGAUGCCCAAACUUCUUUGACGGAAUGUCGUGAAGAACAACAUAUGUUGCAGCACCGAGUGGAAGAAUUCGAGAAUGUUAUACGGGACACAGCAGCAAGUCACAAACAAGCUUUACAAAAGGAACGCGAUAUUUCCCAGAAGCUGUCUGCUGCGCUUCACAUGAGUAAAACAGCCGAGGGCGCUCUCAAUGCCGAUAUCGAGCAGUUGCAGGCAGAGUUGGCAGAUUUGUCACGCUUCCAGGAGGCAUACUAUAAUCUGGUGGAUGAAACUGAAGCACUAGUGGCGAGAAACAACCUCGCAGAGGAAGAAGCCGAUAAUAUCAGCAAAUUUAAUGCUGAAAUUCUUGGCCAUAACAAUCCCGCUCAGAGGAUUUUAUACGUGGAUAGGAUUCGUCGGGAGCUCUCCGAGGUCAAGCAGAAACUACUCAUGUGCACCCGCGACCGGGAUGCCAUGUCUGCAGCGAACGAAGAUUUACAGCAUGAAGUCAUGAUGUACAAGUCCGUCGUGGUACCGGAAGACAGCAAGCCUCGGACGAAUUUAACCCGUGUUACACGACUGCCUCUCACGAGCCAGAGCAUGAACAUCGUGGUAGCGACCUCCAUCCCGCCUUGUGUUGCGUCAGAUGCAACCGUUCUGGAACACAUACCAGGAGAUAUGACGUUGGAUGAGCUGAUAUAAUAUAUACAAUAUAUGUUUGCACCAUGUAAUCUAUCUACGAUGUGUAUGUCUGUGAGACUCAUACAUGCUCGUCUCGGAACUGUCAAGCACAGUGCCGAACCCAGGUAUAAAUGAUACCGCAGAG